AUGGUCGCUCCUAUCCGGCGGCCCUUCUCGACCAGUGCUACACGCAGGCAAGAAGCACAAGAGACAGAGGAAAAGACGGAGAUGGACAGCGGAGAACAGGACAUUCACGAUAUCCUCACAAAGAAGUUCCAGCCCAAGCAGCUGCAGGUGCAAGACGUCAGCGGCGGGUGCGGCUCUUUCUAUGCAAUCGCAAUUCAGUCUUCCGCCUUCAAGGGACUGACGACGGUGAAAGCGCAUCGUCUCGUCAACGAAGCGCUCAAAGACGUCAUUGCUGGGAUCCAUGGCCUUCAACUGCGUACCAUUCCUGCAGACGACUGA